CGGAUGUAAGCAGAACCGGCGUGAGAGCUUUGUCGCGAGCCCAUCUCGGCCAUGGGUGGCAAGAACAAGAAGCACAAGGGCGGCAGCGGGGCGGCAGGAGCGGGCGCCGUCCGUCCCGUGGCGGUCGCAGCGGCUCGGGCUAAAGCUGUGGGCGCCGCCGCGGCUGAAUCGGGCGCCGCCGGAGAAGCCGCUUGCAAAAGACCUCUGGUGCCCCGGCCGAGCCCUGCCGGGAAAGACCUGCGCGUUAAGCAAGGUCAUAAUUAAUAGUAAUUUGGAAAAAAGAAUUAUUGCCAUAAUCAAUGAACAUAAAAAACAAACUGGUGAAAAAGGAAUGAUUUCUAGAAGACUAACUGCUAAAAAAUUACAGGACGUAUACAUGGCUUUGCAAGGAUUUUCUUUCAAGACUGAAGAUAUUGAAGAAGCUAUGAAUAAUACUAUCUUGUAUGGUGGUGACCUACAUUCUGCACUUGACUGGCUAUGUUUAAAUUUAUCUGAUGUGAAAAAGAAAGAUCCCCAGGAUGUAAGGAAUUUUGAUUAUACAGCUCGAAGCUGGACUGGAAAAUCUCCCAAACAGUUCUUGAUUGACUGGGUUAGAAAGCAUUAUUCAAAGUCCCCAAAUCCUUCAUUUGAAAAAGUUCCAUCAGGGAGAUAUUGGAAAUGUAGGGUAAGAGUGAUCAAGUCAGCUGAUGAUACAUUGGUGGUGUGUCCCACAAUCGUUACAGAAGAUAGUAUGCAGGCUCAACAUCUGGCUGCUACGUUAGCUUUGUAUCAAUUGACAAAAGGGCAGUCGGUGCAUCAGUUACUUCCUCCUACAUAUAGAGAUGUUUGGCUAGAAUGGAGUGAUGCAGAAAAGAAAAAAGAAGAAGAAAACAAGACGGAAAACAACAAACCUCGUGAUCAGUUCAUUGCCAGACUGCUGAACAAACUGAAGCAGCAGCAGCCACCACCACCACAGCAAUUUGAAGGCAAGCCCAAACUUUCAGAAGAUGCAGAAGACUCUUGGGAGAACUUAAUUUCUGAAGAGGACUUUAAUGGGCUUUCUCUUAAGACCUCAUUUACAGAUGACUUAGAACCUAUGAGAGUUCUCUUUAAAAAACAACAGAGUUCUUCCAGAUACCAAAGACUUCUAAAGGAGAGAGAGCAACUGCCAGUGUUUAAAUAUAAACAUACCCUCAUAGAAACUUUAAAAAAGCAUCGAGUUGUCGUUGUGGCUGGGGAAACAGGUAGUGGUAAAAGCACUCAAGUUCCACAUUUCUUGUUAGAAGAUUUGCUACAUAAUGAACGAAGUUUGAAUAAAUGCAAUAUUGUUUGCACCCAACCACGGAGGAUCUCAGCAGUGAGCUUGGCAACUAGAGUUUGUGAAGAACUGGGGUGUGAAAGUGGACCUGGUGGAAGAAAUUCCUUGUGUGGUUAUCAAAUCCGUAUGGAAUCGCGAACAGGAGAGGCCACGAGACUGCUUUACUGUACAACUGGAGUUCUUCUUCGGAAAUUGCAAGAUGAUAUUCUUCUUUCUAACGUGUCUCAUGUUAUUGUAGAUGAGGUUCACGAAAGAAGUGUUCAAUCAGAUUUCUUGCUAAUUAUCUUGAGAGAAAUCUUGCACAAGCGUUCAGAUCUCCAUCUCAUUUUGAUGAGUGCCACAGUUGAUAGUGAAAAAUUCUCCAGCUAUUUCACUCACUGUCCCAUACUAAGGAUUUCAGGAAGGAGUUACCCUGUAGAGGUUUUUCAUGUUGAAGAUGUAAUAGAGGAAACUGGCUUUGUUCUGGAGAAAGAUUCUCAAUAUUGUCAGAAAUUUUUGGAAGAAGAAGAAGAGAUAACUGUAAAUGUGACUAGCAAAGGAGGAGGAAUAACAAAGUAUCAGGAAAGUGUUCCGGUUCAGGUUGCAACUGGUAUUGAGCUAGGACCAUAUUUCCAAAAAUAUAGCAGUCGAACUCGGGAAGCCAUAUACUGUAUGAAUCCCUACAAGAUCAACUUCGACCUCAUACUGGAGUUACUUGCAUUUUUAGACAAAAGUCCCCAAUUCAAAAAUAUGGAAGGAGCUGUCUUGAUUUUUCUGCCAGGCCUUGCACAUAUCCAGCAGUUGUAUGAUCUCAUUCUCACUGACAGAAGAUUUGAUUUAAGACACAGACACCAGUUAGUAGCAUUGCAUUCUGUUCUGUCCACUCAAGAGCAAGCAUCUGCAUUUACAUUGCCUCCUUUUGGUGUUAGAAAGAUUGUUUUGGCCACCAAUAUAGCUGAAACAGGUAUUACUAUACCUGAUGUGGUUUUUGUAAUUGACACUGGAAAGACAAAGGAAAACAGGUACCAUGAGAGUAGUCAGAUGAGCUCAUUGGAAGAGACUUUUGUCAGUAAAGCUAGUGCACUACAACGUCAGGGGCGAGCAGGGCGUGUCAGAGAUGGAUUCUGCUUUCGACUCUAUACCCGAGACAGAUUUGAAGGUUUCCUAGAAUAUUCAGUUCCCGAAAUAUUGCGUGUUCCCUUAGAAGAACUGUGUCUUCACAUCAUGAAAUGUAAUCUUGGUUCUCCUGAAGAAUUCCUCUCCAAGGCAUUAGACCCACCUCAGAAUCAAAUUGUUGCCAAAGCCAUGUAUCUUCUGAGGAAAAUUGGGGCUUGUGAAUUAAGUGAGCCUAAGCUGACUCCUCUAGGCCAACAUCUUGCAGCCUUACCAGUCAAUGUAAAGAUUGGUAAAAUGCUUAUAUUUGGUGCUAUUUUUGGCUGCUUGGAUCCAGUGGCUACUAUUGCAGCUGUAAUGACCGAAAAGUCUCCAUUUACUACCCCAAUUGGAAGAAAAGAUGAAGCAGAUCUGGCAAAAUCUUUUUUGGCAUUGGCCUGUUCAGACCAUUUGACAAUUUACAAGGCAUAUCUGGGAUCAGAUAUGCCAGGGUGUUCUUGAAAGAAACAACCUUAAUUUCCCCCUUUCCAAUAUUACUUUUUGGUGGAGACAUAGAAGUGUUGCAUCGUGAACGCCUUUUAUCAGUUGAUGGCUGGAUCCAUUUUCAGGCCCCUGUAAAAAUUGCAGUAAUUUUCAAACAACUAAGAGCACUCAUCGAGUCUGUUUUAAAGCAAAAACUUGAAAACCCUAAAAUGUCCCUUGAAGAUGACAAAAUUUUGAACAUCAUCAAAGAACUAAUAAAAACAGAAAACACAAACUGAUAGGUCAGAGCCACAGAAAUUGGAAAAAGAAAAUAUGACUGAAGAAUAUGUUUGUUUAAAGAAACUGCAAUCAGCAUUUGGACAUUGCUUGAACUUUCCACAUACAUUUUGUCAUUCUGCAAGAAACAAGAAUGCCUUGUAAAACUAAUAAUAAAUACUCUUGAACAGUGGGUAUUCAAAAUUUAAAAAUUGACAACAAUGGAAAUGGUUUCUGUAUAAAAAUGGGAAUUGUUUUUUUAACAUCUUGAUUAUGCUUUCACUUGUAAGAUUUGAAUCCACAACAUAGAUUUCUGUUCUCGUAAGGGAAGUGCAAUUGAGAAACCAGAAUCUUUAUUUUCAUUCAUUACCCAAAUGAUUGCUUGCAAAAGACAUAAUACAGGUUGGUAGUGCCAGAAGAUAUGUGCUUUGGUAUUUCUAAACAUUUGAUGUACAAAUAUUUACUUGAAGUCCCAGACUGUUUUUAGAAUGCAUGGUCCUAUAGAUUGAGAUUCUGUCUGAAUUCAGUAUUAUAGAACUGUAGGAAAAAUAUUAAAUCUUUUUUUAAAAAACAACAUACCACCUCAAAUAUUUAGAAACUUUUUUCUUCAUAUAAAGAAACUAUACUGGAGAAGAAAAAAUAUGCAUACUACCUUUUAUAUGCCUUUUUAUAAAUGUAAAUUUCAUAGAAAUUUCAACUUGAUUCAUAUUUACUUUCCUCUAUCAUACAUAAUGCUACUCUUUUCACUGUAAAAUUUGCAAUACCUCUAGUAUCAGGCAAAAAAUUGAAAACUAAAAACAGCUGAAUAAGUAUCUUAUACUUAGCUGAAUGUCUACAAAUUAUUGUCCAAAACAAAGAACCUAAGAGUGUGCAAGCAUACCACACUAUGUUCCACCAACCAUAAUUGGUGUAUCAAAUUUCAUGUAUUAAAAAUACUGUGUGUCCUAUAAACCGAAACAUAUCAAGUGAUUAAAGACUCAAGCUAGUUAAAUGUAAAGUCAUGUACUUCAAGUACAAUUUUAAUAUUAAAAAUAAUUCCUGUUUAGAUAUGAUCCUUAAUAAAUUGUGAUGUCAGAUUGGGAUAUUAAUUUUUUCUUAGUAUUUAAUAUCUAUUAGGGCAAAGUGUUUUAUUGCAAAUGUACAAACUGUUAAGAAAAAGGCUUUAGAAAAAAAAUUAAUACAAUAUAAUAAAAACGACAUGCUUUCUUUUCAUC